GUUGAAAUGAGAAAAAAAUGAUAUGUUCACUGAAUGGCAGUUAAGUCAUUAAUCUUGGUGUUAAUAGAACUAACUAUAUCAAUUUGGCAAACACUCGUUAGAACGGGGCACUUCACACAUACAGAUAACAGGGAAUUAUUAUAGGGAUAAAGUGUUGAACAUUGUAUUAUUGUAUCACAGUAGUCUAUAUGAAGAGGACCUGCACUUAUACAUAGGAUACCAGUAUUGUAUCACAGUAGUCUAUUUAAAGAGGGCCUUUACUUAUACAUAGGAUAUUGUACCACAUUAGUCUUUGACAUAGGCCUAAACAUAUACAUAGGAUAUCAUACAACAGUAAUCUUUGACGGAGGCCUGAACUUAUACAUUGGAUCUUUAGUACUUGCAAGGAGUUUAAUUAUUAUUGGAUAAAUAAAACAUUGCAAUGUUGUAUUCAGGACUAUCCAUUAUUCCGAUUGUUGUUGUAAUCCUGACGUCAACAAGGAGUCUUGAGACUGGUUAUGACAGAGGAGAAGCAGAUUGUGUAGAAAACCGUCAGAGUAUAAAGUCUCACAUGGAGAAAGGAGACUAUGGUUACAUCACGUCCGCCUCAUUCCCAGAUAACUACACAGCAGAUGACGGACAUUCUUGUAGUGUUGUUAUCAAAUCAUGCAGUACAUGUUAUAUAAAAAUAACUUUGGAAAAUGUCACAUUUCCUCGAUGCAUCUUUAAACAUUCCAAACAGAGACAAGUGUGUAUAGCCGGCUGUGAUCAUUUGCAAAUCCACGAGGUUGACCCACCUUACAUCAGUGUCACAAGGAAGAAUUACUUUGGUUCUGACGAAGGACAGAUCUAUAUUUCCCUCUCGUCUAAUGUCCAGAUCAGACAUUGCAUGUCUAAUAAAACCAGUGAUCAUGGUAAAAGGUUUCGUGUCAUUUACCAAAUUAUGGAAAAGCUGGAAACUAAGCAAGGCAUGGUUACAUCACCUUUCCCAACAAAGGAACCGAGCGGAUACAUCACGUCACCUAACUUCCCAGAUGGGUAUGCUCUAAAUGGCGAAACAUUUACAUAUACGUUACAAAACCUAGAUCCUUAUGGACAUAUACGAUUAGUGUUUGAUGAUUGGGAAAUAGCAAGGGAAAGUGAAAUACAGAUGUAUGAUGGCCUGUAUGCCCCAAAACCUGCUGGUGUUUAUAGACGGAACAGCCGUCCGGUUAUAGUAUCACAUUCCAGUACCAUUAUAGUCGUGUUCGUCACAGGCAAAAGUAACCAUAGAUGUUGUCAACCAAUCGGAUUCAAAGCCUCAUAUUUCUUUGUAUCAGAAAAGUUUUGGGCAGAUAAACCAAAUAACAAUUGUAGUAUAAAACUUGACAAGAAAUCAGGAGGUGUUCUUGAAUUAAAUCAAGUAAUGGAAUUGACGCCGGCGAUAUAUGACUGUAUAUGGAUAAUAAAGCGACCUCAAGGACGAACGUCUGAUGGUAUUCUGUUACGAUUGGUGGAGAUCGUUAUGGGUCAAGGAUGGAUAAAGUAUGGUAACAACAGUUUAGAAAUAAGAAAUGGAGCUACUUCACUUGGAAAACUUAUUGUCUCUUUCACAUCUAGUAAUAUCAGUUAUGGAAUGUGGUUGAGUUCUACUGACACGGUUUAUAUAAGACUGCGAGGGGCAUUGGAGCCCGAGGACAAACUUAAAUUUAUAUAUACAGUGAUAGACAAUGCUACAGACGCUGGAUGUCCCAAGCCCUCAGAUUAUUUAUGUGGAAACCUGUGGUGUAUUGACAAGAACUUAAUGUGCGACUCUAUUGACCAUUGCGGCGACAAAACAGAUGAAACACCACAUCUGUUGUGCUCUAUGUCAGAUUUAUGGAACAGAUGGACUAUCAAAAAGGACGACAAAGUUGAUUAUUCUUGA